UCAAGGAGAGUUCGACGCGUCUAAUUCAUCGGUACACCUGCCUCUCUCUUCGUCGGCUUGCCGCAAAACCUAGACUUCGCCGGCAGAUCAACCUGCACCACCUCCGGUCAGCCCUGCAACAGAAUAAGAGGGGAUUAGAGCCAUCUCAUGAGGCCGGCAAGAAAUCCGAUCCACAUCGUUUCGCUAUGGGUGCGGCGACAGCCGCCGAAGGUGAAGGCCUUCUUGGCCGUGGUGCUUGGCAUGGUGGCUCUGGUUGUACUCCGAUUCAUCGUUCACGACCACGACAAUCUAUUUGUGGCUGCCGAGGCAGUGCACUCCAUUGGAAUAUUGGUGCUCAUUUAUAAGCUCACGAAGGAGAGGACUUGUGCUGGAAUAUCGCUCAAGUCUCAGGAAUUAACCGCUAUUUUCUUGGCUGUGAGGUUGUAUUGUAGUUUUGUUAUGGAGUACGAUAUACACACCCUAUUAGAUUUAGCAACGCUGGCAACAACCCUCUGGGUAAUUUAUAUGAUCCGCUUCAGACUCAAGUCAAGCUACAUGGAGGACAAAGACAACUUUGCAUUAUAUUUUGUGAUAGCACCCUGUGCCGUGUUGGCUUUACUUAUUCAUCCAUCAACUUCUCACCACUUUGUUAACAGAGUUUUCUGGGCAUUUUGUGUGUAUCUGGAAGCUGUUUCGGUGUUGCCCCAAUUGCGAGUGAUGCAAAACACUAAGAUUGUUGAACCGUUUACUGCUCAUUAUGUGUUUGCAUUGGGUAUUGCAAGAUUCCUGAGCUGUGCCCAUUGGGUUCUCCAGGUCUUGGAUAGUCGGGGACAUCUUCUAGUGGCCCUUGGUUAUGGUUUAUGGCCAUCUAUGGUUCUAAUUUCAGAAAUUGUGCAGACUUUCAUCCUAGCAGACUUCUGUUACUAUUACAUGAAGAGCGUGUUAGGAGGACAGCUUGUCCUCCGACUCCCUUCUGGAGUAGUGUGACUGAACAGACCUCGUGUCAUGUCCUUUUGUCCAUAGCUGGGCCAAGUUAUUUUCUUGGCAUGUUUGCGGGUAUGUGGUUGUCGGUUGAUAUUGUUAUUAUAACUUGAGAACAUCUCGGCUGCAUGUAAAGUUUAACAUUCAAGAAGAUUGAUCAAAUAUCAACACCUGUAGUAUACUUUUCAUGCACUCUUUAGAAGUUGGUCAUUGCUUACAUUGAGGUGCGUUUGGUCAUGUCUGACUUUGAAAUAAGGAAUUUGGAAACGUGAAGUCUGGGAAUUAGAUUGAUAGAAGUGACUCAAAUGAGAAGCUUAGAACAGAUCCUGUUCGAGUA